AUGAAAAGUUAUAUACCUUAUUCAAAAUACUGUGAUUUCCCCAUUGAAAAUCUGCCCUAUGGAGUGUUUUCAACAAAUAAAACACCUAUUCACCACAUAGGAGUUGCCAUAGGUGAUCAAAUCCUGGAUUUACACGAAAUAGCUCAUUUAUUUGCAGGACCUGAGCUAAUAAAUCACCAACAUGUUUUUAAAGAUUCCACUUUAAACAGUUUUAUGGGGUUAAGCCAAAAAGCUUGGAAAGAGGCAAGAGAAACCCUUCAAAGUUUACUUUCAGUAGAAAAUCCACUUUUGCAGAACAACGGAGAUUUACGAUCAAGGGCUUUUGUACCACAAUCUGAAGCUACAAUGCAUUUACCAGCCAAAAUUGGAGAUUACACAGACUUCUAUUCUUCAAUUCAUCAUGCCACCAAUGUUGGAGUCAUGUUUAGAAGCAAAGAAAAUGCACUUAUGCCAAACUGGAAAUACCUUCCUGUGGGAUACCAUGGCAGGGCCAGCUCUGUGGUAGUUUCUGGAACUUCAAUACACAGACCUCAUGGACAAACUUUAGCUAUAGAAGGUGCUCCCCCUGUAUUUGGAACCUGCAAACUCAUGGACUUUGAAUUGGAAAUGGCAUUUUUUGUUGGUGGUUCAACAAAUUUAGGAGAUGUAGUUACAGCAGACAAUGCAAAUAAACACAUCUUUGGAUUUGUUCUUAUGAAUGAUUGGAGCGCAAGGGAUAUCCAAAAAUGGGAGUACAUUCCUCUAGGCCCAUUCACAGCUAAAAAUUUGGGAACUUCCAUAUCACCAUGGGUGGUGACCACUUUUGCUUUGGAACCUUUCAAAGUCGACAAUUAUCCACAAGACCCAGAACCAUUCCCUUACUUAAAACACAGCGACAACUUUAAUUUCGAUAUCGAUCUCACGGUAGACAUAUCUCCUAAGGGUUCCUCUGUGGCAACAAACGUUUGCAGAUCAAACUACAAAUUCUUAUACUGGACAGCUAAACAACAACUAGCCCACCAUACGGUGACUGGGUGUAAUUUGAACCCAGGCGACCUUAUGGGCAGUGGUACCAUAAGUGGUGAUACGUCCGAUUCCUUUGGUUCAAUGUUGGAACUAUCUUGGAAGGGAACAAAACCACUAACGCUUCGCGAUGGAACCCAAAGGAAAUUUUUGCAAGAUGGCGAUACGGUUACCAUGACAGCCACCUGUGCGGGAGAUGGGUUCAAUGUUGGAUUUGGUUCCUGUGUUGGAACAUUGCUGCCACCUAAAGAGAUGUAA